AUGUCCUCCAACCUGUUUGCGAAUCUCACCGACUUGGCGUUGGGCAUAGAAUUUGAUCUUUGCAAAGAGGGCAAUUUUAAAGAGGAUUUUACCAGCUCUCCUGAUUUUUUCUUCAGGAGGUUUGGCUUCAGCUCUGUGAUUGUAGACAUGGAGGAUGAGGAGGCGUUGUCAUGGCCAAAAAUGACCGUUGUGUCAUCGUUGAUGUUGAGAUCGUCUUCUCUAUCUGACGAUGACCGUAUGAAGUCGGUAGUCGAUCCUGCGCUUGAGAUGGUUGACAACGGUGUUGAUAUAGACAGGGUGCCCUCCUCAGGAGAGGAUAUCAGACUGGAUGAGGCGGAUGAACAUGGAUGUUGCGACUCUAGAAGCUUGUUGUUCAGGUAA